AUGAGUUUGCCAUGUAGGCCUGAAUACUGUCAGAAAGCAUGUAAAAUAAAAAAUGGCCGUUGUGAGUGUGGUUGUUGUGAUGGCGAAAAUAUAGACCAUGUAGUCAUCGUCUCGCUGCCCAUCAUCGUCUUCAUCCUCUUCCUCCUCGCCGUAUGCAUUAUGAGCUUCUUUCGCAUUCGGCCGUUCCACAAGGUCCGCGAUUUCUGCACCGGCAGAAUGAAUAGUUUCCAUCGCAAUCAUUAA